AUGUUGCAGCUACAAAGCUACAGAAAGUCGGCAGCCAGUAGCUCCAAGCUCUUGGCAGGUGGUGAGGCAUGGGUGGAAAAUCCGGAGAACUAUGAGAAGGAGCUGAUGCAGCGCAUGCAGGAGCGUCAGGAGCUGCUGAAAGACACCCAGCUCGAGGUCACCAAAGUGCUGGAGAAUCUCCAGGCGUGGGCCGCGGACGCAGCACGCUGCCAUGAUGCCCAGUCAUUAGGCUGGGCGCUCUCCUCACUGGACGUGGCCGGUGGUGAUGCCGAGCGCUGUGUGGCAGAGGGCGCAGGUGAUGGCAGCCUCCUUCACGUCUGUGCUCGCUCCUCCGGUUUGGCAGCCAGCCGCGGAGGGCGAGGCUCGCAUGGUGCCCGUUCCACGGCUCGGGCCCUCGUCGGCUGGGGUGCGCAGCCGGACCAGCCCGAUCCAUCCGGUGAGACCCCCUUGCAGCUGGCACUGCGGCGGCCCCUGGGCGGCGCCGCGGCGAAGGAGCCCGCCAAAGCGUUGCUGGAGGUCAAUGCUGACCCAGAUCAGAUUUCUCGGCCGGGGACUGAUGAGACCUUGCUGAUGGAGGCCUGA